AUGAAAAUCAUUGCUGUCAUUCUGGGUUCUGUCUUCAUAUGCUCAGUAUUGGCACAUGACUGGGAGGGUCCUGACUAUGAGGAUGACAUCCUUGAAGUGGUCAGGGGUGAGGAAAAGGCACAGCUACCUGGUAUGUGCUGGGGAUGCAAGUGGAUCUUAAACAAGGUCAAGAAGUCCAUCUCUAACGGCACCACACAGGAUGACAUUCAAGGGAAACUGCGGGCUGUAUGUGACCAAAUGGGCUUCCUCAGGUCAGCCUGUAAGGGUUUUGUUAGAAGAUACAUGACUGUGCUGAUAGAGGAGCUCUCCACCACCGAUGAUGUGAGGACCAUUUGUGUCAAUGUGAAGGCCUGCAAGCCAAAGCAACUAAUCUACAUGUGA